AUGGCUUCAAUAUGUUUUCCUGGUGCAUUAAAUCCAUUUUGUCGUCAAUCAAUAUCUGUUUCAUUAUGUUCUGAUCAACUUGCUUUAGCUACGUCAUCAAACUUAGUUUAUAUUUAUUCAUAUUCGAAUCAAAAUUUAUCAUUCAUUACGAAAUUUUCUCCUCAUUCGAAAUCUUUAUCAUGUAUGCUAUAUCAUCCUACUAUUCCAGAUCUAUUAACAACUGGUGGUGCUCCAAAUUCACGAGUUCUUCUAUGGUCAAUUGAAGGAAAAACAGUACAAAAAAAAGCAACAGUAAAUUUGCAAAGAAGACCAAAUGCAUUAAUUUGGCUUUCGGAUGAAGAAUUAAUCAUUGGAGAUGAACAUGGAACUAUUUAUCGAUGGAAUAGAAAAGAAGAAAAAUUAAAUAAAUUUAUUAAUCAAUCUUUAUCUGAUAAACAUAAUGAUGAAGUUCAAUUUUUUUCUAUUGCAAAUAAACAAAAAUUUAUUAUGGCUAUUGCAUAUAAAUCAGGUUAUAUAUGUAUUUGUCAUAUUGAUCUUGAUAAAAAUACUUUAAACAUGUUACAUAAAUUAUCACUUGAUUCAGCCAAUACAAUAUGUUGUUCAAUUCAAUUUGCUCAUUCAGAGUCUCCAUUAGAUCGUAGUACUCUAUUUUAUAUAAGUUAUGGACAUGGUUCUAUUAAAGUAUGUGAUUAUAUAAGUGGAAAAAUUCUUGGUCAAUUAAUGCUAGUUAAACAAUCAAAAAAUAUGAAUAUAAAUGAUUCAAGAUGCAAAACUUAUUAUCCAUUAGCUUGGAUAGAUGCAAAUACUUUAUUAACAGGAAAUAUGGAUGGUCAUUUGAUCAAGAUUGAUAUUCGUCAUUCAUCACAUAUGGAAAAAUCUCAAUUAAAUGUAACACCACCAGUAUCAGCUGGUAAACCUGUUUUUUCUGUUGUUAUCAAAGAUGAAAAAAUUUUAUUUACUUAUUCAUUUAAUCGAAAAUUAUGUAUUUGUGAUCUUUCAUCAUCAAUAUUAAUUAAACCUCUUGUGUCAAUUCCUGGUUCUGUUAAUGCUAUUCAAGCAUGUCCUCUUCAAACAAGUUGUAUUGCAUUGGGUGUUGAUACAGGAAAUAUUGGCAUAUUAGAUUUAACUUCAUAUGGUUCACCUUCUCUUUCGUUUCUUUGGCAAUCAAUUCCAGCUGAUAUUUAUCGUUUAGCUUGGCAUCCUAUUCGUGAAGGUCGUAUUGCUUAUUCUACUCGUUUGGGACAUGUAGCACUUUAUGAUACACUUACGGGACGUUCACGUGUUGUCUAUGAUUGGAGAUAUACACAACCAGGAUCACCAACGGCACUAUUUUGGGGUCCUUUAAUACCUAGUUUUACUGAAGAUGAAACAUUAGCAAUUCUUUAUUCGAUUGGAGAUGGAAAAUUUCAUCGAUGGGAUAGUCCAGAUAAAGGUUGUUUACCAACUGAUCUGACAUCAUUAGUGAAUGAAUCAAAUAGUAGUUCAAUAUUAACAGUAGCUUUUAGUGAUGAUCAUAAAUUUUUAUCUGUGAUUUGUUCUGAUAGUUCUUUAAUAAUUCGUUCAUGUCCAUCAUUAGCAUCUGUUCAUCAUCAUUUCAUUAAUUGUUUACCAACUAUUAUUCAUUAUCAUCCUCGAUAUUUAUUAUCAUCUGUUGAUAUAUCAUCCAAACAAUAUUGGCUUGCUGUUAAUAAUAAACAAAAUAUUCGAUUAAUUAAUACUUUAGAUUUAAAUUCAUGUAUUAUAAAUGAUCUUAUUGGUCAUACAGGUGAUAUUGAAUGUUUAGCAUGGAGUACAUCAAAUGAUUUUCUUCUUGCAUCAGGUUCACAAGAUAAAACUAUUCGAUUAUGGAAUGUUGAAACUUAUUCACCAUUGAAAAUUUACAUUGAACAUUCGGAUAGUAUUCUUUCUCUUAUUUUUUCAUCAUAUGAUUCAAAUAUAAUUCUCUCUGGUUCUCGUGAUCAAUCAUUACAUAUUUGGAAUAUUGAACAACAUACACAAUUACCAGAUCAAACAAUAAUGACUAAUUCAAUUGAGAACGAUGAAGAAACUAGUAGUAAUAGUGAACAUAGAAAACGACAUCAUAAACCAAGACCAAAUCGAGCUGAACGUGAAAAAACAAGAGCAGCAAAAAUGAUAACAAAUGAAAUGAAUGCUGAUCAAGCUGAUGAUCUUAUUUCAUCAACAAAUAAUAUUAUGAACGAUUUAAAUUCAUUCGCAUAUCGUUUAUUAUGGCCAUCAGAAACUGAUCGUCAAGUUGUUUCAGAUUUAUCAUUAUUACCAGAUAAAAUAAGUUUGAUUGAAAGAAUAAAACAACAGAGUUUCAAUUCAACAAAUGAUUUCAUUUAUCAUAUGUUAUAUUGGUCCGGUGAACAUAAUGAGUUAUUAAAUGAAUUAUGUAAACGAAAUAUAAAAUCAUCAAAUGAUCUUUUCUUCUGGAUGGGUAUUUUAAAUAAUUCAAAUGAAAUUCAACCCUUGGUUGAUCGAACAUUUGAUUUAAUAAAAGAAAAUAUCGAACAACAAACAUUAGAAUUUAUAACAAUGAUGAUUAAAGUGAAACGAAAUCAAGAAUUAUUAGAAUAUCUUAUUAAUCAUGAUCAUGUUGAAUGUUGUCUUCUUUUGGCUAUUUUAUUGGAAUGUAUUGAUCAAAUACGUGAUCGUCUACCGGUUUCAGGACAAACAGCGGACAAUUAG